UCCCGCUUGUAUCUUGUUUACCGAGAUACAAGCCGCGCGCAGCGCCGUCUGUCUUGCUUUUGAGAACCGUCAAUACGAAACAAACCUUUCCCGAAGGUGGCUGGGGAUGGAGAGGAAUUGGAAGGGCGCGGGAAGAAAGCACUUAGGGAGGAAGGUGCUGGGUUAGCACGUGGUUUCUGCGGGAACCAAUCGGGUCGGCGGUCUCGUCACUCGGCCCCGGUCACCCGGGCAGCAGGGAUGGCCCAGAGGAAGGCGCAGUUCGGGAGGCUGGGCGUCUGUCCCAGUCCUUGAGUCUGCGGUGCCUGCAGCGACAGGACAGGAAGCUCAAAGAGCUGCGCUCCGCGGGGACCCGGGACACCCCAGCCCCGCCCCUUCCUCCUUCGGGAUGCUGGUGAGCCCUGUCACCUCCACCCCUUUCUCCGUCAAUGACAUCCUGAGGCUGGAGCGCGAGCACAUUGGCCCCGAGGCUUUGCAACUCCGGGGGGCACGGAGGAGCCCGGAAAGUUCUCAGAACCCGCGACUGGUCCCAGAGCCGCGAGGGACAGAGGCUCACAACACUGGUAGCGACGGCGACAGAAGGCAGGACGGGUCGGCGCCUCCUGGGGGACCCUGUGAAACGGUCACAGAGAUGGACGCGGAACCCGUAGAGGAGCCACAGCCCGGCCUCAGCGCAGCUUCGCCCCUCCAAGGCGGGACCAGGAUGCCAGAGCGCCGCGUCGGCGACAGUGGCGACGGCGCACGCAGCGAGCGCACGGAGCAGCCCCGGGCGCGGCAGCGGCGGAAGCCGCGCGUGCUCUUCUCGCAGGCGCAGGUGCUGGCGCUGGAGCGGCGCUUCAAGCAGCAGCGCUACCUGUCGGCGCCCGAACGCGAGCACCUGGCCAGCGCGCUGCAGCUCACGCCUACGCAGGUCAAGAUCUGGUUUCAGAACCGGCGCUACAAGUGCAAGAGGCAGCGUCAGGACAAGUCCCUGGAACUGGCGGGCCACCCCCUAGCGCCGCGCCGGGUGGCGGUGCCCGUGCUGGUGCGGGAUGGCAAGCCCUGCCUCGGCCCGGGCGCUCCUGCCUUUCCCGGUCCCUACGGCGCCGCCUCGGCGGCCUAUUCCUGUUACCGCGGCUACGCGGGCGCUCCCUACGGCGCGGGCUACGGCGGCGGCUACGCGGGCGCGCCCCGAGGCCCUGCGCAUCCCGCACCCCUGGCCAGCGCGGGCUUCGGCGGGGGUGGCCAAAACGCCAGCCCGCAAGGCCAUCUGCCCGCCACGCUGCAGGAUGUCAGGGCCUGGUGAGGCGCCUGGGCUCGG